AUGGCUAUUGGCUUGCCAACUAACAUGGUGAAGAAAAUCCUUCAAAGGUCCAGUUCUGGGACAAGCAAAUCAUCCUCGUCGAGCUUUACCAAUCUGCCAAAUGGCUACUUGGCGGUUUAUGUUGGAGAGACGUCACAUAACAGGAAGCGAUUUUUAGUAUCGCUGUCCUACUUGAGUCACCCUUCAUUUCAGGAUUUGUUGAGCAUGGCUGAAGAGGAAUUUGGUUUUGAUCAUCCAAUGGGUGGUCUGACGAUUCCCUGCAGUGAAGAGUCUUUCAUUUCUGCUACUCCGAACUAG